AUGGCUCCCCGCACUGUUACCCCAGUCGACAAGAACUGGCAAUUCAAGCAGGAGAAAGAAGACGACUCCUCUUAUUUACCAGUCGCUCAAUUUCCAACAAACGUCCAUCUUGACCUCUUACACCAUAAGAAGAUUCCUGAUCCUUAUAUUGGAAAGAAUGAGCUUAAAGUUCAAUGGAUCGGUGAGACUGUUUGGGUGUACAAGACGACCUUUUCUAGCCCGGAGAUUCAUGAUGGUGCAAAGGCGGUUCUGGCCUUCGACGGUCUCGAUACCUUUGCCACGGUUGAGUUGAAUGGCGAAAAGAUUCUUGAGACCGAGAACAUGUUUGUUCCCGAACGAGUGGACGUCACAAAAGAUCUCAAAAAGGAUGGCGAGAAUGAGCUCCGCAUCACAUUUGAUGCGGCGUAUUUGAGAGGAUGGAAGUUGGUGGAAGAGCAUCCUGACCACAAGUAUGUUGUCUGGAAUGGGGACGGCUCAAGACUUCCUGUCAGAAAGGCGCAGUACCACUGGGGCUGGGAUUGGGGUCCUGCUUUGCUAACCUGUGGUCCUUGGAGACCCAUCAACCUUGAAGUUUAUGAGUCUCAUAUCGCAGAUCUCUAUACUGAGUCAGAAGUUGAGAAGUCUCUCAAGAAGGCAGAUGUUGUUGUUCAUGCGGCUGUUGAAGGCAAAGCCUCUAGAGUCCGCUUCGAAGUCUCUUUAGAUGGAAAAAAGGUUGCAUCUGAAACCGCACAUGUAAAAGACAAAGACGCAACCACUACGUUCCAUAUCCAAGAUCCGGCUCUCUGGUAUCCAGUCAGAUAUGGUAAACAACCCCUGUAUACCAUCAAGGCCACCCUUCUCGAGGACGAUAACGAGAUAGAUACAAUCUCCAAGAAGAUUGGCCUUCGCAAACUUGAACUUGUUGAACGAGAGCUUGAUGGUCAACCAGGUACCAGCUUCUUUUUUCAAGUCAACAACAUCCCGAUCUUCUGCGGUGGAAGCAACUGGAUUCCAGCAGAUAACUUCAUUCCUCGAAUUACGAAAGAGAGAUACCGAGAAUGGGUCAAACUCGUCGCUGAUGGCAAUCAGUUUAUGCUUCGGGUCUGGGGAGGUGGUAUCUACGAAGAGGACGUCUUCUAUGAUGCCUGCGAUGAAUUCGGUAUCCUUGUUUGGCAGGACUUCAUGUUCGCUUGUGGCAACUACCCUGCCUGGCCUGACCUACUCGAAUCUAUUGACCGAGAAGCUCGAGCCAAUAUCAAGCGACUUCGUCACCAUCCAUCAAUUGUUCUCUGGGCUGGCAACAAUGAGGACUACCAACUACGUGAGUCCGAGAAUCUCACAUAUGACUUCGACGACCAUGACCCAGAGAGCUGGUUAAAGACCGACUUCCCUGCUCGAUACAUCUACGAAAAGCUACUUCCAGACGCUUGCAAAGAUCUCCAUCCAAAUGCCGUCUAUCAUAUUGCAAGCCCUUGGGGUGGCAAGGUUACCACUGACCCAACUAUUGGAGAUAUCCAUCAAUGGAAUGUUUGGCACGGCUCUCAACAAAAGUACCAAGACUACGACAAGCUCGUUGGGAGAUUCGUUUCCGAGUUUGGUAUGGAAGGCUUCCCAGAUAUUAAGGCCAUCGAUGCUUUCCUUCCACAAGGCAAGGACGACCCUGAGCGAUUCUCUACAUCAUCCACGAUUGACUUUCACAACAAGGCAGAUGGACAGCUGCGUCGACUGGGUCUGUACAUGGCCGAAAAUUUCCGUUUCACGCUGGAACCCUUGGAAGACUACGUCUACUACAGCCAACUGCUACAAGCCGAGGCCUUAGCCUCAGCCUAUCGGCUCUGGAAGCGACAGUGGCAGGGUCCAAAAAAGGAGUAUUGUAGUGGUGUCUUGGUUUGGCAGACCAACGACUGCUGGCCCGUUACUUCGUGGGCCAUCUGUGACUACUACCUUCAGCCCAAGCAUUCCUACUUCACCAUCAAGCGGGAGAUGGCACCUAUCACUAUUGGCAUGACACGUAGGGAGCACAAGCACCCCAAGAACAAAUACACAAGGGUCGAUAUUGAGACUAAGGUCAAGGUUGAGAUUUGGGGAAGUAACCUCAAGUUGGAAGAUGUUACUGUAGACUGUGUUGUCAAGGCCUGGGACGUUGAGACCGGAAAGGAGACAUACUCACAAACAGUUGUUUCUGACCUAGUUCUCCAGAGUAACCGCUCAACGGAAAUCAAAACCCUGGAUGUCCCUGUUGAGAAGCCCAACGCUGACCUUGAGGCGAAGACUGUUGUUGCAGCUUACUUCUACCAGGAUGGCAAACAGAUUGCACGAUAUGUCAACUGGCCCGAGCCACUGAAGUACCUACACUUCCAAAAACCCAAGAAUCUCAAGACUGAAGUUUCUGAGGGAUGCAAGUUCGUUGAAAUCAGCGCCGAGGUGCCUAUCAAGGGACUAGCGGUCUUGAGCAAAGACGAUGGGGUCAAGUUUGAAGACAAUCUAAUCGAUAUCGUCCCGGGUGAGGUCGUCAAGAUUGGUGUUACGGGUGCCAAGAAGGGUACUGUACUCAAGACACAGUACUUGGGGAUGCAGUUCCAUGAUUGA